GGGGGAUGGACUUCGGUGCGUGUAUGAUCGAGAAUAAGAACUGCACAUCGGGACGGCGCCGCACACUCGGACUCGUGUCUGACCGUUGAAGCUGUGUCGGCUUUUGUUCGAGGGACCAGGGGCAAGAGACGAAAGUGGAAAGGAAAAGGGAAGGGAAAGAGGCAAGGGGCGUGGCGUUCCUCGCUACGGUUCUUCGCCCUUUUUCCCUCGCUUCCUCGUGUGAUUGCUCAUUGCUUCGCUGCGAGGAAGCUUGGGAGUAUUCCUGGAGUCUUUCCUCGGUGUCUUUGCCGCCUACAGUAGCAGAGAAGGUUUAAUUUUGCGCCUGCUUCCCGCUUAGAAUCGGGGCUCAUAGGCGGAUUUGCUGUUUUCUGGCGCGGAGAUCGCAGUGCUUAUUGAGAGUUCUUCGUUGUUCCUGAUGUCGGUGGGCGGUAGCUUCCAACAGUGGGAGAAAGAUGUGUUCUUUUCCGCCGCGGAGGAGGUCCAGGAAUCGGCCGACGUGAUGGAAUCUAUUUAUAGAAUGUGGACACGGAACGCCAGGGAUGGAUUUGAUUUAGAAGCUUCGUAUGAAUUCCGUAGGGAGCUUCAAACUGCUCUAGGCACUGCGAAGUGGCAGUUGGAGGAGUUUGAGAAGGCUGUCAAAUUGAGUCAUGGAGAUAAUUCGUCCUACGAGAAUGCAAUCACUAGGCACAGGCAAUUUGUUUCUGCAAUUGGAAACCAAAUUUCACGUGUCGAGAAGGGAUUGAAUGAUUCAUUGAUUGAAGAAGGGAAGCCACCGCUGUGCUGGGUCCAAUUAGACAAGGAAGAACGAGAUGACCUGGCAAAUUUUCUCUCUGGGGUGUCACGAGAUAGUCACGGAGCAAAAGAUGUUGCUCAUGGUAACCCUGAUCUUAUGAAGAGUUUUACGGGUACAGUUACAGUAAAUAAGGAUAAGAGAUAUGUUGUGGAAGUCGCAGCAAAAGAACCUUCUGAAGAGAAAGAUGAUUCAUUGCUUGUUGCACCACAACAGCCUUAUGGGCAAACAAGUGUAUUGAGCUUACCAGAUAUUGGUGCUUGGAAAAUUGUAAUUGCUGAUGAGGAUACGGAUAAAAGAUCAGCUGAAGUUAGACCUGAUAUGCCAAAUCAUGAAUAUGGUCAAACUGGUUCUUUGAGGAGUGUUGAAUCCACAUCAAAGUUGCAAUGGUUUAGGAACAAUCUGUGGAAGGCCAAGAACGAGGAGCCUCACUUUUUGAGGCAUGGAUUGUCAUAUUACCUUGACUUGAAGGGAGUAACUCGGUUUGCUCAGGGAAUUAAUGGGUUGACUGGAAGAAGCAGAAAUUGUCACAGUAAUAGCGGCCAACGGUUAAAACGUUCACAUUCUCAAACUUUUGUUGGAAAAGUUGGCAGAUUCCAAAGGCCUACAGAAGGACCACAACACUGUAUGCGUUUUAUGCGCUCUGUAUGGAUGACUUUCUUGCUCUCGAUGAGUAUUGUAUUAAUUGUACCAUUUGUUCUCUACACUGCUUAAAGAGCUCCUCUUCUGUGCUUCUUGAGGGAGUUGGGAGCUUAUCAAAUCAGAGGAAAUUAAAAACAAAAUCACAUGGUGCUUAUCAACUGAUGCUACGCGAGCCAAGGAAAAUCUUGCAGGGAAGAAUGUCCUCAGGAUUUUCUUAUCAAAUAAUGGAGCAGAAGUGCCAAGGUUGCUUGGCGAAAAAAGCUGCCAAGGCCACCAUCUUCAGUGAGCAGUAGGCAAUUUGCCAUCAAGGAUUUGGCUUAUUGGAUUGACUAUUAAUCAAAUGUAACAACACGCUAAGUCAACUCCACCAGCAUUAUCUAAUUCUAAUGACAUGCAAGAACACUGUGACUUGUGUGAUCGUAAGCUGGAAAAACUGAUGUUUGCUGUGGUUAGCAAUUGUGUC